AUGCCUUCACUAAAUUGGAAGCACUAUACGGCCAUAUUCGCUUCUGUUUCUGGAAUGCCAGUUUUCUGUUAUUGGUACUACAGCUUACCACACGUAGUAGAUCGAUUUACCGAGAAAUGGCUGAUAGAAGAACCAAAAAAGGAUAACCAAGACUUUCGUGAAUUCAUGAAAGAACUAUCAAUAAUGCAACAAAAAGUCGAUCAUGAAGAUCUUGUGGGAAAAAUUGCUGUUGAAGAGGCACGAAGACGCACAUUACGCCAGUGA